GCGCAGUUCGCGAUAAAACACAACCAGAUGCACUGUAAAAAAUCGAUAUUCAAUCGCAGAAAAUAUUUCGUAAAGUAUUGGGAAACUGAGAAUUUGGGUACGCUAUCUGGUGGUCGUAAGAAAAAGUAGUACGGGUGGCAAUUUUUUAAAUUAACAUUAUAUUGUAACCAAACAAAUGCAUAAACUAAAGAGCUGUUUGAACCUGUUAACCUAUUCGCAGUAAUUUAUUCUCUCGCCACCAGGUGGCCAAAACCUAUGCUGCAAAGCUUAUUCGCAAUAAAAAUUCCGUCUUGAUAUUGCAUGUUUGAUUUUUCUUAUUGUUAUUAAGAAACACAUUGCAUUUUUUAAAAUUGCGAUGCAUACCACUAAAACUGAAAGAACUCAUACUACUAAGAUCGGCCAUAUCGAAGAUUUAUUUGUUCAUUUAGAACGCAUUUUUUCUAUUGGUGGUAUAUGGCCAUUCAAGCAAACGUAUAUCCGUUUCACAAUUUACAUCUCAUAUUUUAUACUGUAUCUCAUUAUGACAUAUGCUAAUUUUUGUAACGUUUUCGGUAACCUGGAAUUAAUGGUGAUGAACCUUGUGGAAACAAUAGCUUAUACCAUGACAUUUACAAUAAUAUGGAUAGUACGUUGCAGUAAGUUGUUAAAAUGUUUAAUCAAUGUUGUCAAGAAGGACAUGAUGGAACGCAAAUUUGAAGAUUCCGAAGAAGAGAAGAUCUACUACAAUUAUAAUUAUAUAUCCAAGAUAUUCACAUAUGGCUCAAUCGUGGGCAUGUUCAUCACAGUUAUGCUGUUAUAUUUUAGACCACUCAUGCUAUUCUUAAUGAAUGAUCAAGUGUUACACAAUAAUACGGAAUCCUUUAUGUUACCCUAUAGAAUUCACACGUUUUUUGACAUUACUGAUACGUAUACAUAUGUAUUAAUAUAUUUGUAUCUAUUUCCGAUGUUGUACGCCUCUAUGUUACAUAUGGCAGCGAUUUGCUUGUUGGUUGUUUUAGUAUUUCAUAUUUGCGGCGAAUUGUCUAUUUUGUCAUAUCGUAUCAAAAAUAUUAAAGUACAAAGUAUGAUGGUAAAAAGAUUUCGUACUUUUGUUCGAAUGCAUCUCAAAAUAAUAUGGAUGGCGAAAUCCGUGGACGAUAUUUUUAAUUUUAUUCUUCUUGACGAGCUUCUUAGCAAUAGUAUUGUAUUGGCUAUUUCGAUGUAUUAUGUCAUAAUGAACUUGGCAAUUUCAGAAUUGGCGACUUGUUUUACUUUUAUAUUUUUUGCUGCUAUUGCGCUUGUUAUAAUAUACGGAUGUUGCUUGAUUAGUGAUCAACUAACUCAACAGUGUAUAAAUGUACUGGAUGCUUAUUAUGAAUGCGAUUGGUACGAGAUGCCACUCGAUUGUAAAAGAUGUCUGCUAAUAUGUAUGAUACGUGGUCAAGUUAUGCUCCAUUUAACAGCUGGAAGAUUUUAUAUAUUUUCCUUGAACAGUUUUACAAACGUUAUUAAAACUUCCUUGGCGUACUUGUCGAUGCUACGCACUGUAUUAUGAAGAUUUAUUAGAAAAUUUAUAGAUAUGAAGUACUAAAUAAAUCUGCAUACUACAAAUAAAUACAGAUGUAAAAAUAAUUUUAAACAAUACUCAAUUUAUUCCUUGAUUAUAACUGGGAAAAAAUACAGUGCGCUAUAUUGGUUAACAUUCAAAGUAAUUUAAACAAUUUUAAACUCUCAAAAACUUUCAAUUUAUUAUAAUUAUUAUAUGUAUAAUGUAUUUGCUGCAGAAUAAUUAAUUAGUAAUUAGUCAAAUAAGAGACACGAUAAUCUAAUAUCAAGUUCACGCGGAAAUGAACCAUGUAUAUACGCACGCGCGCAUACAAGCACGCAGACACAAAACUUCUAAUUAAGCGCAGUUGAACAGUUGAAGCAAUAAGCAAUUGAUUUUUAAAUAGAUUUAAUCAAUAGCUAA